AGUGCCAGCGUCCCUGACGCCCUGUGCCGCGAGGACCGGGACUGCCCGGCCGGGCGAGCCGUGGUGGCAGGCAACGGGGUUAGGACUGGCCGCUGUUUGAAAGACAGGGAUGGUGUCAGAGGGACUUGUGAGAUACUGGCCUGGUGCCCAGUGGAGAAAAGAUCCAAGCCCAAGAAACCACUUCUUGGCAGUGCAGAAAACUUCACAGUUUACAUCAAGAACUCCAUCCGCUUCCCCAAGUUUAAGUUCUCCAAGGUGAAUGUGCUGGCAACAGACAAUGAGUCCUACCUGAAGAGCUGCCGCUACAGCACGGAGCAUCCCUACUGCCCCAUCUUCCUCCUGGGGAACAUUGUUCAGUGGGCUGGGAGUGACUUCCAGGAGAUGGCCUUGGAGGGUGGUGUGAUAGGAAUUCAGAUUGAAUGGAACUGUGAUCUUGAUAAAGCCCCUUCUGAAUGUAAUCCUCACUAUUCUUUUAGCCGGCUGGACAACAGGUUUGCAGAAAAGUCCAUCUCUGCUGGGUACAACUUCAGGUUUGCCAAAUAUUACCGGGAUGCUGAGGGGGUGGACUACCGCACGCUCAUUAAAGCCUACGGAAUCCGCUUCGACGUGAUGGUGAAUGGCAAGGCAGGGAAGUUUAACAUCAUCCCCACCAUUAUCAACAUUGGCUCGGGGCUGGCUCUCAUGGGAGCGGGAGCUUUCUUUUGUGACCUGGUGCUGCUGUAUCUGAUUAAAAAGAGUAACUUUUAUCGAGGCAAAAAGUACGAGGAAGUAAAGUCCAGCUCCAGGAAAUCGUUAUCUAGCCCUACGCUGAACGGGAAUCAGAGCCCUGAGCAGCUGGGUGGGCUCUAG